AUGACAUCCUCUACAUCUUCUUCGUUCGACCUUCCCACAGAAACUGUAAACGAAAGGCUCCUGUUCGAGACUGAGGAUCCCGACCAUCAACCACCACCCGAACGACUUCCGACGGGCCGUCUAUUGCUCCUGACAUGUCCUAAUAUCGGGCUGCAGGUCUGCUGGUUCCUGUUGCAAUCCAGCGGCACGAACCAGCCCUACCUUCGCUCCCUCGGUAUAACCCCAUCCUGCAUCUCCCUGAUAUGGGCACUGGGGCCAAUUUUUGGCGCCUUUGUCCAGCCGGUAAUCGGUCAAAUAAGCGAUGAGUUGCAACAUCCACUGGGCCGCCGCAAACCCGUCAUGCUCGUCGGUGCGGGCACCGUCAUUUCUUCCGUGCUGCUCAUUGCCUACGCGCCGGAACUAGCCCCGCCGGACACGAACGCUUGGGAACCCCGGGCCGUGGCUGUUGCUUGUUUGGUCAUGAUUCUCUUUGCGAUCAACGCAUUCUCGGUGGGCGUCCGCGCCAUCGUCGUCGACGUCUGCCCUGCCUCCCAGCAGCCUGCCGCUGCGGCGUGGGCCAUGCGUUGGAACGUGCUAGGUUCCGCCGUAUUGUCCAUGUUUGGGGUCGUUUCCACCCUGCAGGGCCGCCGCGAUACCGACCCGGCGGCAGUGUUUUUGAGGCUGGCCUACGUGGCAGCUCUGUUAUCUGCGGUCACCGUCGGGUUGGUGUGCAAAUUUGUGCCCGACGUUGCGCCACCCCGGCCAAAACUCCAAGAGGGCGGUAUUGGGCGCGUCGUGGCUAUGUGUUUGCCCGGUGAGAUUUACCGGCGUUGGGGAAAGUUACCGCCCUUGACUGGACAGGUUUGCGGUGUGCAAUUCAUCGCAUGGCUGGGAUGGUUUCCCGUGUUGUAUUAUAUGUCUACGCCACAAGCCCAGGCAAAACUCUACCCCGUCUAUGCCUCCUUAUCCUUUUCCUUGGGCACCCUCCUCUGCACGCUCAUUUUGACCCUUUUUACCGCCACCCGUCUUCUCACUCCGGAGCACCUCCCACGACUUUGGCUAUUUUCUCAGCUUGUCGCAACCAUAUCCCUUUUACUAACGAUACCGUUACAAACCGCUAUCGCGGCCCUGAUCCUCAUCGCCCUCAUCGGCGCGACCUGGGCCGUGACGAUGUGGGUGCCCUUCGCUCUCGUCAACACCGAGCUGGCGUCUCUCCGCACCGGGGUCGCGGGGGUCCAGGGCCUGCACAACAUGGCCUUGAGUCUCCCGCAGGUGGGAAGCGCUCUGCUGUGCGCUUUUGUGCUGGCCGGGCUGGACAUGCUGGGCGUGGCGCACGGCGCAGUUUGGCUGCUCCGUCUGGCGGCUGUUCCGGUUGCGUGGUCGACUUGGCUGAUCUGGCGGCUGAACGAGGAUGUGGCGUCAAGUUUAACGUCUGUUCAUUGA